CCGCGGCUCGGGGGCUGGGUCUGGGAGGCCACGUGACCCGGCUGCUAUGGCACCGCGGUCACAAUCAGGCGCAAUGGCCCUCUGAGGCGACCCCACCCCACCCCGGCGCCCCUGGUCCUAAGGAGGGCCUCCCCCUCCGGGGCCGCACACCCACGGAGUCGCGCGGGCUGCGGGGCGCUCUGGGAGCCGAGGCCGCUGCAGGACGAGCAAGGAUCCCUCGUGUCCCGCAGGUGACCACAGACGAUGUCGAUGAAUGAAGUCAAAGAGUCGCUCCGUGCUGUGGAGCAGAAGUACAAGCUCUUCCAGCAGCAGCAGUUCACCUUCAUUGGGGCCCUGGAGCACUGCAGGGAGAAUGCACAUGACAAGAUCCGGCCCAUCUCCAGCAUUGGACAGGUUCAGAGCUACAUGGAACACCACUGCUACAACUCUACGGACCGGCGGAUCCUGCUCAUGUUUCUGGACAUCUGUUUGGAGCUGAACAAACUCUGCCAGCACUUCGAGGCCCUGCACUCUGGCACCCCGGUCACCAACAACCUCCUGGAGAAAUGCAAGACCCUGGUCAGCCAAAGCAAUGACCUGAGCAGCCUGAGAGCAAAGUACCCUCACGACGUGGUGAACCACCUGAGCUGCGACGAGGCCCGGAACCACUAUGGGGGCGUGGUCAGCCUCAUCCCCCUUGUCCUGGACGCCAUGAAAGAAUGGAUCGCCCACUCGGAGAAGCUGCCCCGUAAGGCGCUGCAGCAUGUGAGUGUGCCCCCCGCUUGCCGGAAAGCCACCGGGGCAGCCACCCAACCUCUGUCAUGGCUGAGGAAACUCGAGUGUAGGCACCUUGCGAGAGACAGCCUCAGACCCAGGGGGAAGGGCAAAGGACACUCUAAGCCGCCCUGGAGACCACCUGGUGGGAAACUGUAACCCAGGGCCAGGGACCCGCCGCGCUGUGGGGUGCUGUUUAAUCGGCUGACCCACUCUUACUGGUACCCACAGUCCCUGCUGUGAACCCCGAAGCGGGCCAAUACACUGUUGAAAAUCUCUCUCCUCUUGCUUUCACCUCUAACUUUUCAUUCUAAUCUCUGUGCUACUGAAGAGGACCCCCGCUUAGCAAGCUCCCCAACAGUGUGGUGUUAGUAGUGGGUGUCCCAGAAGAGGGGCACCCACCAGGGUGCCUGGCCUGCCCCAGCUGAGGCUCCAGCCCUGCAGUGAGGAGAGGCCGGAGCUCGGCAGGACAGGGUUGCUCCUGCUGCCCGACAGAAGCUCGAGGGUCAGCCUGUGUUCACGGCCCUGGGCCAGAACGAAGGGGAAGAACUCAGAUGUCCCUCUCCUUUACUUGGAAUGGGGAGACCGUGCCAGAAGCCGGAGGAACUCAAUUCUGUGGCUCUUGAGGAAGCACUGUUAAGGCCUGGACACUGUAAAAGGUAUCCCUGGCUUCGGAGCUUGCUGGAAGUCAACUCUGACUGUUGGUUUUUCC